UUGAGUGCUACCAUGUCUAACACAGUCAUGUGACUACACACGUGAUCAUUUCUUCAGUUUUGACAAAAAUGUGGUCGACUAAUUAGGAAUUUCAAGGAGUGUAAUGAUUUUAGAGUUAAAUUCGAUCACAUUUUUUGUUCUCCCAAAAUCAAGAAUGGUUCCAUUAAAAUAUUUUUAUCUGUCUAAUUUAUAAAAGUAGAUGGUUAUAUAUAAUAACAUAUGUUGAGUAUAAUUAGUAUAGGAUAUAUCUUCAUAAAUAUUCUAUGUAAAGUAUUAUCUUCACAUUUAUAAUAUGAUAAGAAUAUAGUAUUGAUGUGUGGAUGUUAUCAAUUUUUAUUCUCGCAGCACGGAUGUUUGAUGAUAUAUUUUUAAAUUUACAAACUUCAAAAUAAAUUAUUAAUCAUCAUUACUUCAAUUGUCAUUUACAUUCUACAACCAUAUAUCAAACCAUGUUGAGUGUCAAUCCUAUCAUACAUCCUGAUACCAAGAAUAAACAAUUCAAAUUCGAACCUUUCUUAAGGCGGGAGUUUAACUUUGGUUUAGAUCCUGAUAGACCUGUUUGUCAAUAUUAUAAUCCCCAACGUCCAACCAAUUCAUGUCCUAAUGGAGUUAAUUGUCCAAAUAAACAUGUUUCAUCCAUGUAUAAUAAUAAAAUCGUGUGUAAGCAUUGGUUAAGAGGAUUAUGUAAGAAGAAUGAUCAUUGUGAAUUCUUACAUGAAUAUAAUUUAAGAAAAAUGCCCGAAUGUAUAUUUUAUUCCAAGAAUGGAUUCUGUACUCAAACUCCUGAAUGUUUAUAUUUACAUGUUGAUCCUCUAUCUAAAAUCCCUCCUUGUCCAAAUUAUGAUAUGGGUUUUUGUCCUGAUGGUCCAAAAUGUUCGAAGAGACAUACAAGAAAAGUAUUAUGUCCAUUAUAUUUAACUGGGUUUUGUCCAAGUGGUCCUGAUUGUCAAUAUGCUCAUCCAAGAUUCGAUCUUAAUCUUUUGAAUAAAUUAAGAAUCAAACCUGAUCAAGUUAGAUUGAUUAAUAAUAGUGAUAUACCUAAAGACGAAUCAAUCAAAUCUGAAGAAGAAAGUAAUAAGCGUUCACUUGAUGAUGUUGAUGACAAUGAUAAUGAGGAUGAAAAUGAUAAUGAUGAACAACAACCAGUUAAAAAACAAAAGAUAUAACCCCUUGCAUUACACGCAUUUAUAGAGUAAAUAGUUAUAUACCUUGUAUAAUUACAUUUAAUGAAAUUUUUAAUGAAUCAAAUAU